AUGGGCUCUAUUGGCUUCGACAAGACCGUGCUGGAUCCUACGCUUCUGUUCUCGAAAAGGGUCCAGCAAUAUGAGCCUGGGGCUAUUCGCAGUCUUUUGCCGCUCGAGGCGUUGCCCGGCAUGAUAUCGUUGGUCGCUGGAAAGCCCAAUCCAGAGACAUUCCCGUUCACUGAGAUCUCGAUAUCGCUCAAGGGCUCGGAUGGCCACAUGAUUGUUCUGGAAGAAGACCAGCUCAGCGAGGCACUGCAAUACGGCCUUCCUGGAGGCAACCCGGAGUUGAUCAAGUGGUUUGAGGAGCUUCAGCGGCGUGUCCACGGAAUUGGGGACCAUGAUGGCUGGGCAUGUUGCAUCGGCAACGGUAGCCAGGAACUCAUCCAUCGGGUGUUCCAGGUAUUUACAGAUUUAGGGGACCCUGUGCUCAUUGAAACGCCAGCAUAUCCAGGAGUGGCCGGCUUUCUUCGAGCCGACGGACACCAGCUAAUUGAAGUUCGAUCGGAUGCAGAGGGCCUCAAUCCGAUUGACCUCGAACACAUCCUGUCUACGUGGUCUGGGAAGCGACGACCACGUGUGUUAUACACCAUUCCGACUGGAUCAAACCCGACAGGUCAGUCCUGUACUGAGCCUCGUAAGGCGCAGAUCCUUCGUCUAGCGCGCCAGUUCAAUUUUAUGAUUUUCGAGGACGACGCAUACGGCUUUUUGGACUUUGAGCAUCCCUCAUGCAGAGCUCGUAGCUAUCUCGCUCUAGAGAGUGAAGUGAACGGCGAAACAGGUCGAGUGCUACGGUUCGACUCGCUCAGCAAAAUCGUGAGCUCGGGGAUGCGCCUGGGAAUCUUAACUGGGCCUUUGCCUGCCGUGCAGAAAGUCAUUCGAAUCACGGAGAAUAUCAAUCUCCAGCCCUCUUCAACCACACAAAUGAUGGCCCUCACUCUUUUCAACCAUUGGGGCCACGCAGGCUUUCUCCAGCACUGCGAACGUGCAGCGGAAUUCUACCGCCAGCGACGCGAUGCUUUUGCCGCCGCAGCAGAGCGAUAUCUCCAAGGCCGUGCGACCUGGGAGCUUCCUUCAGCCGGCAUGUUUUUCUGGUUGACGUUGCUGCUUCCGCCGGGCCGAGAUAGUUUCGAAGUUCUCAGCCGACAGGGCAGGGAGAAUGGUAUCUUGGCUAUUCCCGGGGUGGCCUUUUUGCCCAAUCAGCGCACUAGUUGUCAAUUGAGAGUGAGUUACAGUUUGUUGCCAGAGAAGCAGAUGGCGGAGGCUUGUCGGCGGAUCGCGAAGCUGGUGGACAAUGCGUGGCGUUUCGAGAUUUUGAUGUGA